AUGCUCUGGUCCGUGCCCUGCGCUCUGGCCACUGUGCUCAUGCACAUCUACUGGGGAGAGGAGAAGGGGGACCGGAACCGCGAGCUGGAAGGAAUUGAGUCGAUAUGGUCGGGCUACACCUUCGUCCUGGGCUUCCUCAUCGUUUUCCGGAGCAACCAAGCCUAUUCGCGAUUUUGGGAAAGCGUAAGUCUGUUUUACACCUCCAGCGGUGAGUGGCUCAGCGCCUUCAGCAAUCUCAUGUGCUUCUGCAGCAGAGACGAAGCCAAGCAGGAAGAUGUGGAGAAGUUUCGUCAGUAUGUGAUGAGGCUCCUCAGCCUGCUACACUGCACCGCCCUUCAGGGCAUGUGCGAGCUGCGGGACGACAGCAUGGAGGUCAUCGACCUCGGCGGCAUCAACAAGGAUAGCCUGCGACACUUGCAGGGCUCCCCCGACAGGUGCGAGACUGUCCUCCUUUGGAUCGAGCGGCUUGUGAUGGAGGCUGAUCGGGAUGGCCUCUUGGAAGUGAGCCAGCCGAUCCUUUCCCGGGCAUUUCAGGAGCUCUCACGUGGGAUGGUGGGGGUGACGAACUUGCGAAAGAUUCGUGACGUGCCCUUCCCCUUCCCGUACACGCAGUACUUGUCAUGUAUGCUCAUCGCGCACUGGAUGCUGACUCCCGUGAUUGCCAGCCAGAUGGUCCUGCAACCAUGGUGGGCGGCGUGUGUCGUGUUCGUUGUGUCCACUUCCUACUGGACAUUGUUCUAUAUUGCGCAGGAGAUUGACCAGCCAUUUGGGGAGGACCCAAACGACCUGCCCGUAGUGGAAAUGCAGACCGACUUCAACGUCAAGCUGAAGCACCUCUGCCACCCCAUGUCCUACACCGUGCCCGACUUCGACGUGGUCGGGGAGCUGAAGGUAUGCUGA